AUGGCAUUGAUUCCUGAUGAUGCUUCAGAUGAGCAGGACGAUAUUUACUGUACCUUAAAAGAUCGUCACUGUGAAUUAUCCAACAGUGUACAGGAAAUGAUAAAUUAUUCCACUCCUCGAGAACCUACGAACUAUUCCAUUCCUCAACCACAAGUCAUCAUCCAGCAGCAACCGCUAAAAGCGCCAAUACCUACGUUCGACGGCAAUUACUCCAAUUGGCCCAAAUUCAAGGCAAUUUUCCAGGACUUGAUGGCGCAGUCGGGUGAUUCGGAGGCGCUAAAACUAUACCACCUGGAUAAAGCGCUGAUUGGAUCCGCUUCAGGCAUACUGGAUGAAAAGAUAAUCAACGAAGGUAAUUAUCAGCAAGCUUGGAAAGUUCUAACGGAUCGGUACGAAAACAAGCGUGUGAUUGUCGAAUCGCAUAUACGAGGAUUGCUAAAUCUAAAGAGAAUGUCAAAGGGGACAUUUAAAGAACUGGACAACCUGCUGAGCGAAGCAACCGGUCACGUUGAAAGUCUACGGUUCCAGAAACAGGAGCUGAUUGGGAUUUCUGAACACAUCGUAGUGUACCUCAUCGUAACUGCUUUGGACGAUUCAACGCGAAUGGCUUGGGAGCGCACCCAGCAGAGAGGAGAGCUUCCGAAAUACGAUCAAACUAUUUUCUUCCUCAAGACGAACUGCCAAAUCUUGGAACAGUGUGAAUCAUCACGAGCUCUAUCUCAGCCAACAGUUCCCAAGACAAAAGCCAUGUCAAGCAUUAGCAAGAUGCCACCGCUAAAAACAAAUGCAGCCACCACAAGCUCCAGUACCUAUCAAGCGUCGUGUCAAAUCUGUGGUGGUGGACAUUUCAACUUCCAGUGUGAAACGUUCAAGCAACUAACUGCCACACAACGGGCAGAAAAGGUACGAGCAACUGGUUUGUGCUACAACUGCCUCCGCAAGGGUCAUCAGUCGAGAGAAUGUACGUCGAGCAAAACGUGUCAACGAUGCAGCAAAAGACACCAUACCCUCCUCCACGAAGAAACCGGACGGAACAACAGCCAAGAGGGCAAAACAAAUGUCGCUUGCCCCCAGUCACCUCAAAUCGUCAAUCAAGAAGCUGCUAUUCAACCUCCUGUUCCGGUGGUGGAUCAAUCCGUAUCCACUACUUGCUCAAGUAACUAUGUUCCAGCAUCGAAGACCGUUCUACUGCUCACUGCAGUCGUCCAAGCCAUAGACAAGCAUAACCGACCACAUCCGUGCCGAGUUUUACUUGACAGUGGGUCUCAAGUAAAUUUCGUCACUGAGGAAAUGGCAAACCGCCUUGGUGCUCCUAAGAUGCAAGCUAACGUUCCAAUCACAGGAAUCAACGCUUUGAGAAGCCUAGCUCGGGAUAAAGUGUUCAUUAAAUUUCGAUCAAGCUACGGAGGUUUUCAAGCAAAUAUUGAGUGCCUGGUUACUCCCAAAGUGACUGGUAUUAUUCCGAACGUAAGGAUCGAUUUUGAUUCAUGGAAACUUCCAGAAGGCAUCCAGCUCGCCGAUCCACGUUUCUUCCAUCCAGAAAAAGUCGACAUGCUUAUCGGAGGAGAGCUUUUCUUCGAUAUUUUGAAGCCUGACCACUUUAGCCUUGGUACGAAUCUUCCUCAACUACGUGACACUCAUCUAGGAUGGGUGGUAGCAGGCGUGAUAAACGAGCCGUACAUUUCCAAUGCGGCAAUUCAACAUGCCAACGUUGCGUCAAUCAACACCAUUGAGAAAAUGAUGCAACAAUUCUGGAAUAUGGAGGAAGUACCGGAUGUGUCUCCCUUUUCACCCGAACAACUGUCUUGUGAAGCACAUUUUAUGUCAACAUACGAGCGUAAUGAAACCGGCAGGUUCGUGGUGAGAUUACCCUUCAAGGACAACGUAGAUCUGCUAGAUAAUUGUCGUUCUCUGGCAUUAAAACGAUUUCUUAUGCUGGAGACACGCUUAGAACGCAAUCCGGAGCUAAAGCAAUCAUACUGCGAAUUCAUCAAACAAUAUGAGGAGCUUGGCCACUGCCGGGAAAUCAAGGAGGCGGACGAUCCACCGAAUUUGAGCACCUACUACCUUCCACACCAUGCUGUUCUACGACCGUCGAGCUCAACCACCAAGUGUCGUGUGGUAUUCGACGCUAGUGCCAAAUCGGAGACGUCUAAAUUAUCGCUCAACGAAGUGCUACAGGUCGGUCCGGUGGUGCAAAACGGGAUAUUUUCCAUUACGCUGCGAUUCCAGGACAGACGCUUUCUUCGUUGCUUCUGGAGAUCUGAUCCUUCCCAUUCUCUACGGGUACUUGAGUUGAAUACGGUUACAUACGGUACCGCGUGCGCGCCGCAUCAAGCAACGAGGUGUUUGGUGCAGCUAGCUAAGGAUGAUGGCGCUGAUUUUCCUAUCGGUGCUCGCAUUCUGAGUGAAGACUUUUACGUCGAUGAUGCCCUGUCUGGUGCCAACACUAUAGAAGAAGCCAUCGAGUGUCAACGUCAACUAAAAUUUCUUCUUGCUCGAGGUGGAUUUCACAUCCACAAAUGGUGUUCAAACUCGAACGAAUUCCUCGAACACAUACCGCCAGCCGAUCGUGAAAGGAGGGUUCCAUUAACCGAAUAUGGACCGAACGAGGUGAUAAAGGUGCUUGGUUUAUUGUGGGAUCCUAACGUCGACGUCUUUUUGAUUGCUAAUCCACCUAGCAGUUGUAUUCCGAAAGAUAAGCCAGCCACAAAACGAGAAAUUUAUUCUGAGGUGGCAAAGUUAUUCGACCCACUUGGGCUUUUCGCGCCGGUUAUCGUUAUUGCCAAGCUAUUGGUACAACAGCUGUGGAGAACGUCAGCAGGAUGGGAUGAUCCAAUCGACAAAACAUGUCAAGAAAAAUGGUCUGUUCUUCAUGUGUCGCUGCCAGAACUUCAACUUAUCAAGGUUCCACGAUGUGUUGCAUUUCCUGAUAGUGUCGCUUAUGAAUUGCAUGGCUUCGCUGAUGCAUCAAAUGUGGCUUAUGGUGCGUGCAUCUAUUUGCGAAGCAUUUUCGUUGAUGGUUCUGCACGAUUGCGUCUUUUAUGCAGCAAAUCAAAGGUCGCUCCAUUGCACGAUCUUUCCAUUCCACGGAAGGAACUUUGUGCUGCCCUUCUAUUGACGCAAUUAAUCGCCCAAGUGAUUCCUGCGCUCCAGAUGCCUUUUCGAAGAGUUGUCCUUUGGUCGGACAGUACAAUCGUUUUGGCUUGGCUCAAGAAGCCAUUGGAUCAGCUUCAAACGUUCGUGAGGAAUCGGAUUGCGAUUAUACAAACAGAGACCAAGGAGCAUGAAUGGAAUUAUAUUCGUUCGGCAAACAAUCCCGCCGACAUCGUUUCACGAGGGCAGCUGCCGGAGGACUUGAAACAAAACAUCCUUUGGUGGAAUGGUCCACAUUUUCUGGAGGAGUGCACAUACGAGGUCGACGAAGUUGAAGAAAUUCCUGAGAACAAUCUUCCUGAGCUUAAAGCUCAUGUUGCAGCGCCUGAAAGUAGCUGCGACCCUUUUCCAUUCUUCCUGCAUCAUAGUUCGUUUAGGAAAAUCCAACGUAUCAUGGGAUAUGUUUUGAGGUUUAUCAGCAACUGCCGGGGUAUCCGGACAUCGAAUCCGGUGAAACAAAUUCCUCUCACUAUCGUAGAACUUCGUCAAGCAUCAGAAGCAAUCGUGAAGGUGAUCCAGCGUUUGCAUUUCGGCGAUGAAAUUCAACGAGUGGUUUCCAAACAAACAUGUAAGCGUCUUGGCAACCUGAGUCCAGUGUAUGAUAACGGCUUACUACGAGUCGGAGGGCGAUUGGAUCGCUCUAAAUUGCCGUUUGCAUCGAAGCAUCAACUCAUUAUUCCCGACAAAGAUCCUGUAAUAAAGAAAAUGAUUAGUGCGUUGCAUGUAGAACAUCUCCACGUUGGACAAACUGGUUUAAUCAGUGUUAUUCGCCAAAGAUACUGGCUCCUGAACGCGAAAUCUACUGUGCGACAAGUCGCUCGUUCCUGUGUCAAAUGUUUUCGUGUUAAUCCCGUUGAAAUCAAGCAGCUGAUGGGGAAUCUACCGUCGUCAAGAGUCGUGCCAUCACCACCUUUCGCAGUGACUGGGGUGGAUUAUGCAGGUCCGUUCCAAGUAAGACAAGGUUCACAUCGUCCGAUGCUGAUGAAAUCGUAUGUUGCGGUUUAUGUAUGUAUGGCGACGAAGGCUGUGCAUUUGGAAAUUGUAUCGGAUUUAUCAACUGAUGCCUUCCUGGCGUCAUUAAGAAGAUUUGUUAGCAGAAGAGGAAUGGUACAGCAAAUACAUUCGGACAAUGCUACUAAUUUUCACGGAGCGGAGAAUGAACUACAUGCGUUAUACCAGCAAUUCCAAGACCAACAAGUGGUGAAGAAAAUCCAACAGUUUUGCCAAGUUCGGGAAAUCCAGUGGCAAUUCAUUCCACCGGACGCACCAGAGUUCGGUGGUCUCUGGGAAGCAGCAGUUAAGGCGACGAAAUUCCACCUGAAGCGCAUAGUGGGCAAUGUAAAACUCACGUUUGAAGAAAUGGCGACUAUUCUGACGGAGAUAGAAGCUAUUUUGAACUCUCGUCCAUUGUUCAGUUUGUCCAGUGAUUCAUCAGACCCACAGGUAAUUACACCAGCUCAUUAUUUGAUAGGUCGACCCUUGAAUGCUCCAGCCGAGCCAUCCUUGGAAGAUAUCAAGGUCAACCGACUUGAUAGAUGGCAGCAUCUGCAACUAAUGCGUGAGCAUUUCUGGCGAGCGUGGUCUAGGGACUACCUCAAUACUCUUCAGCCACGUAAGAAAAACCUACAUGUAACAACAAAUCUGCGGCCUGGAAUGGUAAUCCUUCUCCACGAUAAGAACCAACCACCGCUCAGUUGGAAACUGGGCAGAAUCACAGCUGUGUAUCCAGGUGAUGACGGCUUAGUCCGAGCCGUUGACGUAUUCAGCAAUGGAGCAACCUACCGCCGGCCCAUCAACAAGGUUUCAGUUCUUCCUAUCGAGGACAACAUCGUCUCUUCUUCUGUGCCUAGUUCUGUUGAUACGAUGUCUCAACCGGGGGGAGAAUGUUCCGUUCGUCACAGCAGCGACGCCCAAUAUUGA